GUCUACGUAGCAUUCAUUCCGGAAAACAGGUAAGGGCGUGGCUACAGUUCAGGUGUUGUCGAGGACGGACACAGAGACUUGCUGUAUGUUCAUGUUUGAUACGUAUAAAGAAAUGGAUUUGACUCAAGAGGCUAUUUUAAACACGUUAAUAGAGGGAAAUGGAAAGGUGAUGAAUGUUGAGCUACUGAGCAAGUUUAAGGAGCAUCUAAACUGCGCUGAUCCGGCAGAAAGGAAACAAAAUCGAGAUCUAUUCAAGACAUUUGUCAACAACAUUGCCAUCGUGAAGGAAUUUCAAGAGACCAAGUAUAUAGUUUUAAAGAAAGUCUAUCGUCAUUUACUGGAUUCCAACACAGACCUAAACACUCCAAAUGAAAAGCAAGGGGAUGAGGAUGGAUCACACCCAGAAGAACACAAGGGGGAACAAAACGUUCAUCCCCAGGAUGUGGAAGGUAAGGGAUCUGACCUGAAAAGAUCGCCCAGCAGCGUAUCUUUCAUUACAGCUGCUCUAGAAAAUAGCAAAAAAGUGAACUUUAAACCUCUGAGGUCUUUGCCUUUCUCCGUACCUCUCAAAUCUGACCCUGAUAACUCCCAUGGAGCGGUGUGUCCUUCCAAGAAAGAGGUGAGAACAAACAAACCGUACAUGCUGCCUUUGCGAAUGCCCCCGGUAGACAUCAGUCAUAACAAGCAAACUGCCCCCGAGCAUUUGGAUAAUGACCAAAAGCCUCAUUCCUCACCUCAGUGUAAGAGGAAACCUACAGACAGUGUAGUCUCCACCAGCGGGUCUCCACAGUUCCAGAGACACUUCAAGACCCCUAAACAGGAGGAGCCAAAGGACCAUUUCCCACUCGAUUCCCUGGAGCACGAGUGGCUUGUGAAGUCUGCGGCUGGACACUGGAGCCAAGUGUACGGCCUUCUGUUGAAGGAUGCUCACCUCGCUGAGAAAAAAGACUUUAUGUCUGGUUUCACAGCGCUACAUUGGGCUGUCAAGAGUGGAAAUCAGGACAUGGUCUCUAAUAUUAUUCGAGAGACUCGGAAAAGUGACUGUGGGGUGGACAUCAAUGCUAAAUCCCAUGGCGGCUACACCCCACUACACAUUGCUGCCCUUCACAAUCAUCCUAAACUGAUCGAACUUCUUCUCAACUAUGGUGCCAACAGGAACAUGAGAGACAACUGCGGUAAGAAAGCCUACCAUUACCUGCCGAAAGGAGUGCCAAUCAGCUAAAGGAGCUGCUGGGACAUCCGAUGGUCAACCAUCAGGAGGUGCAUCAGGUCAGGGAGGAGUUUGAUCCGUAUAAAAAUCUCAAAACACCUUACCGCCUCUUCCCCUCUCAUCCAAUGGGGCUCAAGAAAAAGAACAAGGCAAGAGGGUCAGUCACCUCCUUGUGUGAAGAUGGUAGAGAUGAGAAGAAUGAACCCGUGUUACAUAAACAGAGGAUCUUUUCUGAUGUCUUUCACUAAAUGUGCCUUAAAGGGAUAGUUCACACAAAAAUUAGGGUUUGUCUUUAUUUACUCACCUUCAGGUUGUUUCAAACCUUUUAUGCAUUUCUUUGUUCUGCUAAACACAAAGAAAGAUAUUUGGAAGAAUGUCAGUAACCAGACAGAUCUCAUACCUCAUUUACAUCCAUAGUAUUUAUUUUCCAUACUAUGGCAGUAAUUGAGUUCACCAGAGUAAAUCAAUUGAUACAGGUUUUAAACAACCUGACUAAAUAAUGGCAGCAUUUUUAUUUUUGAGUGAACUAUCCCUUUAAUGUUGUUAUUUAGGCCUACUGGAGUUUAUUAUUGUCAAAAUGAGUCUGAGACAUUAUCUAGGACCUGAUAAUAAAUCUACUGGAAGAAUCCGGACAAUAUUUAUGAUUUUGUACAUAUUAAAUGUCUAUGUAUUAUAUUCUAUUAUAGGUUUAACUUUUUAAUUUCUGAUACCUGUGAGAAAAAUAAUUGUAUUUAUUGUAAUAAUUAAAACAUGAUUAAAGGUAAAAAAAAUAUGGGGUUAAUGACUGAAACUUCUGAGAAAAUCUAUUUAAGCUAUUUUAAAGAUGGGAGCAUAUAACUUUGGGAGUGGCCAAAACCUUUCAAAUUAUUCUGUUUGUUGUCUGAUCAUGCACCAGGAAUGUUUUGCAAAUGUUCAAUAAAAGUGCGUCAAACGAU